CAUGGGCGCGCGGGGGCGGGGGUCUCUUCACACACCGGUUCAAGUCAAGAGCAUAGCAUCCCUGCUUUUUAAAGACUUCGAAUUCAUUGCUAUAUGUGGCCCACUGAGUUGUAUAUCACGUUCCACCAACAAUUAAAAAAUGGCAUCAACAAUGGAAGCAGCAGAUAUCGUUGUUGUUGCCAUGUACUUCAUUCUUGUCCUGGCCUUUGGCUUUUUUGCGAUGUGGAAAGCAAAUCGAGGUACAGUGAGUGGAUAUUUCCUUGCUGGUCGUUCCAUGAACUGGAUGAUGAUCGGUGCAUCGCUGUUCGUGAGUAACAUCGGCAGUGAGCACUUCAUCGGCCUCGCUGGCUCAGGUGCAGCAAGCGGGUUUGCCGUAGGUGCUUGGGAGUUCAAUGCGAUUCUACUGCUGCAGCUCCUGGGCUGGGUCUUCAUACCCGUUUACAUCCACUCAGGUGUGUACACCAUGCCGGAGUACCUCUCCAAAAGAUUCGGCGGGAAGCGGCUGAAGGUUUUCUUCGCGUCCCUAACUCUGCUCCUCUACAUUUUCACCAAGCUCUCAGUGGAUCUAUAUUCCGGAGCGCUGUUUAUCCAGGAAUCUCUGGGCUGGAACCUGUACGUGUCCAUAAUCCUGCUCAUCACCAUGACCGCCCUUCUCACGAUAACUGGCGGCCUGGUGGCGGUUAUCUACACGGACACUCUGCAGGCGUUCCUCAUGAUAUCGGGAGCACUGUGCCUGAUGGCUAUCAGUUUAGUUAAGGUCGGAGGUUUCGAGGGUUUACGCUCCAAGUACAUGAACGCCUCUCCCAACAUCACUGCCAUUGAGUUCGAGAAUAACAUCACCUACUCCAAUUCCUGCCAUGUGCAUCCUAAGCCAGAUUCGUUUAAGAUCUUAAGGGGUCCUUUGGACAAAGACCUGCCGUGGCCUGCUUUUCUUCUGGGCCAGACUCCAGCUUCGAUCUGGUACUGGUGUGCUGAUCAGGUCAUAGUCCAGAGAGUCCUGGCAGCUCGAAAUAUUGCCCACGCAAAAGGGUCAACCCUGAUGGCGGGCGUCCUGAAAGUCCUACCAAUGUUUAUCAUUGUGAUUCCAGGGAUGAUCUCCCGUGUGCUCUUUGCUGAUGAACUUGCUUGCAUCGGUCCAGAGCACUGCAUGCGAGUCUGCAACAGCAAAGCCGGUUGUACUAACAUUGCAUAUCCUCGCCUCGUCAUGAACGUCAUGCCCGUAGGUCUACGAGGCUUGAUGAUGGCGGUGAUGCUCGCCGCUCUCAUGAGUGACUUGGACUCGAUCUUUAACAGCGCCAGUACUAUCUUCACCCUUGAUAUCUAUAAGAUGGUACGUCACCAGGCUUCCUCCAAAGAGCUCAUGGUGGUGGGACGCAUGUUUGUGGUCCUCAUAGUAGCCAUUAGCAUAGCCUGGGUCCCCUUCGUCGUUGAGAUGCAAGGUGGUCAGAUGUUUCUCUACAUUCAGGAGGUGUCGGAUUACCUCACGCCACCCAUCGCUGCACUCUUCUUGCUUGGUGUCCUUUGGAAACGUUGCAAUGAGACUGGUGCAUUCUGGGGUGGAAUAGUGGGCUUCUUGCUAGGGGCCGUAAGACUCAUUCUUGCCUUUGUUUAUAGGGAGCCAGACUGUGACAUGACCGAUGACCGCCCUGCUUUCAUCAAGGAUGUUCAUUUCAUGUAUGUGGCAGCUGUGUUGUUUUGGGUUUCGGGGCUCGUGACGGUGGUCGUCAGUCUUUGCACGGAUCCACCGAGCAAGGAACAGAUUGCUACUACUACUUUGUGGGGACUGCGCAGCAGGAAUCAAACCGAGAAGAACAAACUACCUCAGCGUUCUGUAGAAUCAAAAAAUGAGAAGAUAAAGAAUAAGGUGGAAAUCAAACCAGCAUCUCAGGUUAUUCAAACAGGGCUUGAAAUACUUCCAAAUGGCCACUUGGAGUCUCAAUAUACCCACAAACAACAGGACAUUGAUCAUGUAGGUGGAGAUAAGGGACGGUGUGUGAAAUGUUUGGACUGGUUUUGUGGAUAUAAACAAAAUUUAGAGGAUCCAGAUUCGCCUUUUGGAGAUGAAGACAGGAAUUUUACUGAAAUGCUCAAAGAACCUCCAAAAACCAAAAUUAUCCUCAAUCUCGGUCUCUUGAUAGUGUGCAUACUUGGAAUGUUCUUGUUUGUAUACUUUUCUUUGUAAUGCUCAAAAUAGUAACCAUCGAUCUAUUUGAGUUGACAUUGCAAAAAUGUUAUAUUAUUGAUAUUCUUAUAGAUUAUUUUAAACCUAUAUAUCUAAAGUGGAAUUAUGGUUGCAAUUUAUAUUUCUCAGUAGUGUUUUGCACUGAAGUAUUGCAUAAUGUACAAUUCACAGAUUUAAUACUACAGAUACUAUUACAGAUUUUUUUGUGCUGGUUGCCAAUGCACUGCCAAUACUGUGCAGUGCAGUAACAUGUCAGAUGUUCACAUUAUAUAUAAUUAAUACUAACAGGGCUAACAUCUAAAAAAUAAGAAUCAACUAAGUCAAAAUGUGUCAAAUCUAAUCUUUUUAAUCUAUCUUUUUUCUAAGUCACAUGUCACCUCCACAUCUAGUGUUGAUUAUAUCAAAACCUCAUGAAUCAUAAACCACAUGGUAUUUCCUUUAAGGAAUAUUCCUGGUUCAGAACCAGUUCAGCUCAUCUGACAGCAUUUCCGGCCUAAUGUUGAU